CAAAACGACUUCUUCCGUGUCGUUCUUAUCAUGCCCACUGCCGCGUGUCUUACAUAUAUAAAUACAUCACUCUCUUCAUACACUCAGUAAAGCUGAAAUGUUAGGGUUCUUAGUGAAAACCGUAAGAUCAACCACAAUAUCAUCGCCACGUCGAUGGCGGUUAUCUAUCAACGCCGCCGUGUUAACGCCGUCGAUCAGUCGAGAUUUUAGCUCCGGUCACAAUGUUCUCCCGGAUGGUAUCGAUCGGACCUCCGAUUCGUUUAUUCAAAACAGUACAAAAAUGGAGUCAAUAAUGGCGCAACUUCAGUCUCGCAUUCGUCAGGUUGCAGAAGGUGGAGGUGAGGAAGCUGUAAAGAGGCAUAGAAGUAGGAACAAAUUGCUUCCUAGAGAGAGAAUCGAUCAGUUACUGGAUUCUUCUUCUUCGUUCCUUGAGCUUUCUCAGCUUGCAGGCUACGAGUUAUACGACGAGCCUCUACCAUCUGGUGGUAUAAUCACCGGGAUAGGACCAGUGCACGGAAAACUUUGUAUGUUUAUAGCAAAUGAUGCUACAGUCAAAGGGGGGACUUACUACCCCGUUACGGUUAAAAAACAUCUUCGAGCUCAAGAAAUUGCAGCGAAUUGCAGAUUACCAUGUAUAUAUCUUGUUGAUAGCGGUGGGGCUUUUCUUCCAAAACAAGCUGAGGUUUUUCCUGAUAAAGAGCAUUUCGGUAGAGUAUUUUAUAAUGAAUCGAUUAUGUCAUCAGAAGGCAUUCCCCAAAUUGCUCUAGUAUUAGGUUCUUGCACAGCAGGUGGGGCCUACAUACCCGCAAUGGCUGAUGAAAGUGUUAUGGUCAAAGGAAAUGGUACCAUAUUUCUAGCGGGACCUCCACUUGUGAAGGCUGCUACAGGGGAGGAAGUGUCUUCUGAAGAUUUAGGGGGUGCAGAUGUUCAUUGUAAGAUAUCAGGUGUUUCAGACUAUCUUGCACAAGAUGAACCGCAUGCGCUCUCUAUAGGAAGGAAUAUUGUUAAAAACUUACACACAGCUGGAAAUGAAGGAAUGGUGAACGGUUUUCAAUGCACUAUUUCUGAUUACAAAGAGCCAGUUUAUGAUGUCAACGAGCUUCGGUCAAUCGCACCAACAGAUCUAAAACAGUCAUUUGACAUUCGGUCAAUUAUUGCCCGCAUAGUUGACGGAAGUGAAUUUGAUGAAUUCAAACAAUUGUAUGGCACUACCCUUGUAACCGGAUUUGCUAGAAUUCAUGGACAGCCUGUUGGAAUAUUGGGAAACAAUGGAGUGUUAUUUAAUGAAUCCGCUCUAAAAGGAACCCACUUUAUUGAAUUAUGUUCUCAACGUAAUAUCCCAUUGGUGUUUCUUCAAAAUAUUACAGGAUUCAUGGUUGGAUCGAAAUCAGAAGCUAACGGUAUAGCAAAAGCCGGAGCAAAGAUGGUGAUGGCUGUUUCUUGUGCAAAGGUACCUAAAAUUACUAUCGUUGUUGGUGCAAGCUUUGGUGCUGGGAAUUAUGCAAUGUGCGGGCGGGCAUAUAAUCCAGACUUUAUGUUCUUCUGGCCGAACGCCAAAAUCGGCGUCAUGGGUGGUCCUCAGGCGGCUGGUGUGAUGUCUCAGAUAGAAAAGAGCAAGGUGAAAAAAGAGGGAAUUCAGUGGUCAAAGGAAGACGACGAUAAAUUCAAGGGGAAAUUUAUCGAAGCAUACGAUAGAGAAAGCAGUGCAUAUUAUUCAACAGCAAGAUUAUGGGAUGAUGGGAUAAUUGACCCUGCUGACACCCGAAAGAUCUUGGGACUUUGCAUCUCUGCUUCUAGAAAUCGCCCCACACAAACUACUAAAUUUGGUGUAUUUAGAAUGUAAACAUGUUUUACAUGAAUUGGUUAUGGCCGAUGAAACUUCUUUUAACAUAAUCUUCAUAAGAUAAUGCCAUUUAAAGGGGUUUCUUCAAGCGCCCCAAAUUGUCGUAUGAAAA